AUGUCCUCAGGGCCCCCGCAACAUUCCAACGAGCUGCUCGUAUCCUUCCCUUCUAAUCAUGUCCUUCAACUCACUCUUAAUCGACCGAAAUCACUCAACGCUAUGACUCCUCAAAUGAGUGACGAUUUGAAAAAGGUUCUCGACUGGUUCGAAGACGAGCCUUCGUUGUGCCUAACUCUUGGGAUAUCUAGGGUCGUCAUAGUGACUGGAGCCGGACGCGCCUUCUGUGCAGGUGCCGACCUGAAAGCGUGGAACAAAGACCAACAAAGCGGGUCCAACAACGAACAGGAAGGCGUCGCCGCGAACGUGCAUGGCUUUGGCUCCAUCUCACGGCGGCAGUCUAACAAGCCGAUCAUAGCAGCUGUGAUUGGAGGCGCGUACGGAGGAGGGAUGGAGAUGAUCCUGAAUUGCGAUAUCGUCAUCGCGGCCCAUGAUGCCAAGUUUGCUUUGCCCGAGGUCAAGCGUGGAGUCGUUGCCGUGCAAGGGGGUAUACCACGCUUGGCUCAGAUUGCAGGUCACCAUGUGGCUUCUGAAUUGCUACUCACAGGAAGGACAAUCAGUGCCACAGAGGCGCAGAACCGAUUUAGAUUCGUUAACACGGUCGUUCCAUCUUCAGAGGUCAUCUCUACGGCCGUUGCAAUCGCACAGGAGAUCAUCCAAAACUCCCCGGAAGCGGUCCAGUCUACAAAGAAGGGCCUCUUGCUUUCCCAGAGACAUAACUUUCAAGAGAUGCUACACACCCAUGUGUGGAGUCCAGAGAGUAAGCGUGUUUACAAAGGUGACAAUAUCAAAGAGGGCCUGAAGGCUUUUGCGGAGAAACGCUCUCCAGUUUGGAAGAACCCUUCAAAGCUCUAG